UUCAGUUGUUUUUGUUGUGAUCAUAAUGUUAAAAAUUAGGCCAGCUAGGUAUUUUUGGAAAUUAACAACAAGCCACGUCAGCUAAAGAAGGAUGAGUUGGAGGGAUUUGACUAAGAAAAAUGGAAGGCGCGACCUAGUUGGACCACAAUCAGGCACGCGCCAGCCACAAUUUCCUCCCUCUUUCAAAUAUACCCAACUCUAUACCCAAUAUCACCCAUAAUGUCCCUGCUAUAAGCCCAGCUACUGUGCCAUAAAGUCAAGGGCACUUGCGUCAUUUGAUAAUUAAAAUCGAGGGUUUGAACUUUGAAUCCCUAAAAACACUUCCUUAAAUAUCACACCUUAGCUCACUUACUUAAAUCUCAUAACAUCAGCAUGGCAUCCUUCACAGAAAUCAAUGCAAUCACCAUUUCUCUAAUCUUGAUCCUCUCAUUCACAUUGCCAACAUCAACAUCGGCACAACAACAAUGUGAUUCCGCUUCGACAGGAGGAUGCCACGACAAGGCCAAAUCCUUACAGCUAAAGCUAAUUGCCAUCUUUUCAAUCUUGGUUGCUAGUAUGAUUGGGGUGUGUCUACCAUUGUUUUCACGUGCGAUCCCUGCACUCAUGCCCGAUAGAGAUUUAUUUGUAGUGAUAAAGGCAUUUGCUUCAGGUGUUAUCCUUGCGACGGGGUACAUGCACGUGUUACCGGACUCUUUUAACGACUUGAUGUCUGAUUGUUUGCCGAUAAAUCCUUGGAAGAAGUUUCCUUUUACCACUUUUGUUGCCAUGCUGUCAGCUUUACUCACUCUCAUGAUCGAUUCUUUCGCGAUGAGUUACUACAAGAAGCACGGUUUUGAUAGGAAGGGUGGUGGGGUAGACGGUGAGAAAGUGAACAAUGGGGAGAGAGGGUUAGGGAAUGUUGAAAAUGGUGGUGCACAUGUUGGACAUUGCCAUGGAUUUAAUGGCGGGGCUAACGACAAGGAUUCAAUGUUGUUGAGGAAUCGUGUUGUGGCUCAGGUUUUGGAGAUCGGCAUUGUAGUGCACUCAGUUGUAAUUGGUUUAUCAAUGGGUGCCUCUAACAAUCCGUGCACAAUCAGGCCGCUCAUCGCUGCUCUCUGCUUCCAUCAACUCUUUGAAGGAAUGGGUCUUGGAGGAUGCAUAUUACAGGCUGAAUAUGGAAUGAAGAUAAAAGCAAUCCUGGUGUUCUUCUUCUCUACAACAACCCCAUUUGGAAUUGUACUAGGAAUUGGUUUGUCAAAUGUGUACAGUGAGAGCAGCCCAACAGCUCUAAUUGUUGUGGGAUUACUGAAUGCAUCAUCUGCUGGAUUACUGAAUUACAUGGCACUGGUGGACCUCUUAGCUGCUGACUUCAUGGGGCCUAAACUUCAAGACAGUAUGAGGCUUCAGGCAUGGUCAUUUGUUGCAGUUCUACUCGGCGCAGGAGGCAUGUCGCUUAUGGCAAAAUGGGCUUAGCUGAUUUGAAGACGUAGGCAGGACUGCUAGAUUGUCAUUUUGAACACAGAAAAUGGUCAUUUUCAUUUUUUUUUAUUUUUUUUAUUAUAUUUUUAGAUUUUAUAUUUUAAUACUAAGUUGUUUGAUAAUUAAAUUUUAUAAUUUUAUUUAAUUUUUAUUCAAUAAAAUUACCAUGGUAUCACGAAUA